AUGUCGAGAGACAAUCCAUUCGAGGCAUACAACGCCUUUACCGCAUCGCCCGAGGACUUUGGAGACUGGGCGGCAGAGCGAUGGUGGGAUAUCGGGGCUUACGCGCCCACUCUGAUUGUGCCAGAAAAGUACGGCGCAGACUCUGGUUUCGACAAGUCCAAGCAUUCCUUUGUUACUUUUGAAGGCAACCCAGGUAUCAGUCAUGAAGGAUUCCCCGCUUCAUUCCAGAUGAUGCAUCAACUUCACUGCAUCGACUUUAUACGCCAGGGUCUCUACUUCAAUGUACAGUACUAUCGCAACAUCGGUGCGGUGGCUUGGAUCGGCACAGAGGGUCAUGAAGACAAACUCCAAAUGCAUCUAUUACACUGCAUCGACGUGCUCAGGCAAGACACCCUGUGCAAGGCAGAUAUGAGAUUGCAACCAUUUCUUCGAUCGACACACGUGGUAUUUGGAGACUUCAGAAUUCCGCGCAAGUGCAAAAAUUGGGCUGCUGUCAGAGACUUUGCUGAGGACCCCAACAACGGAUAUGGUGAGGGAUCCGAUACUCUCCCCAUUGACCAACUGCACACAGUAAAGGUAAGUCUGUACUCGAUCCACGAAUACCGUACCUUAUAG